UACAGCGUGUGUACUGUGUAGUGUGUGCUGAGAGUGCUGCAGCCGAUAGCUGCUUUGGAGCGACGGCGUGAGUCGCGUCUACCUAAAUAAUAAUUACUCUGUUUCGUUUAUUCAUUUAAAAUAAUUAUUAUUUUAUGUAUUUUUAUUUUUGUGUUCAAUUAAAUUAUUAAUUUUACUAGUACUUUUUAAAUUAUUUAUUUAUUAACUAAUUUCUCAGUGGUAAUUUUAAAUUGGUGUUCACAUUAUAUAGCUUACGGAAAUAACGUAAACAAGUAUUGUGAGGAUCUAGAUCAAUUUACAGGACUAACAAGUCUCGAUAAGAUUUAAAAAGCAGACAUGUUAGACCGUUUAAAUUGAACGGAAGCGUACAGUAUCGAUUCUUCAAUAAUGAAAAUGAAUACGAUACGAUUUACCGCAGCUUUGCUGCUUUUUGUCUUCACAAUCGACUCUGUUCAUGGGCAAUAUAACAGGACUUCAGCAAGAGGUGUUAUAGGAUCAGUACAACGUGGAGACAUUUCAUCAUCAGAUGGAUUAACUUAUCAUGGGCCCAUGAGAAUAAUCGCAAGGCCUAGAGGCCCAUUUGCAAAGAGGCGGCAUCCUUGUGAGCAGAGUUCCUGCUAUCCGGCGACAGGAAAUCUACUGAUCGGAAGAAAAGACCGAUUAUCUGCGUCAUCAACUUGUGGUCUCCAUGGUCCAGAGAGAUAUUGUAUAGUGUCUCAUUUGAAAGACAGAAAAAAAUGUUUUUUUUGUGAUGCUUCAAAUCCUAAACAACAGCACAAUAUUACAAAUAUUGUUGGCGGUGCAUCACGUCGCCUUUGGUGGCAAGCAGAAAAUGGAAUAGAAAAUGUAACAAUAUCAUUUGAUUUAGAAGCUGAGUUUCAUUUUACUCAUUUGAUAAUACGUUUUCAAACGUUUAGACCAGCAGCAAUGUUGAUUGAACGUUCACAUGACUUUGGAAAAACAUGGCAAGUGUACAGAUAUUUUGCACAUAAUUGUGAACAAUCGUUUCCUGGUGUUCCAACACACCAACCAGAAAAAUUAACAGACGUGAUAUGUGAAUCACGUUACUCAUUUGUCGCGCCGUCAUCAGGCGGUGAAAUAAUAUUCCGUGUGCUACCUCCUAAUCUGCAAGCUGUUAUUGAUAACCCGUAUUCAAAAGAAGUACAGAAUUUAAUGAAAAUGACAAACUUGCGUAUUAAUUUUACACGUUUGCAUACUCUUGGUGAUGAUUUACUGGAUGACAGACCGGAGAUUAGGGAGAAGUAUUAUUAUGCUGUGCAAGACAUGGUAAUUCGUGGUUCUUGUUCAUGUUAUGGUCAUGCUUCCGCCUGUCUUGAAUUACCAGGAAUUGCAAACGAGGAUGAAAUGGUACACGGACGUUGUGAAUGUACUCAUCACACAAAAGGAUUAAAUUGUGAAACGUGUGAAGAUCUUUACAAUGAUGGGCCAUGGAAGCCAGCUGUCGGUAAACAAACAAAUGCAUGCCGUCGUUGUAAUUGUAAUAAUCACGCGCAAUCUUGUCACUUUGACGAGGCAGUUUAUGAAAAAUCAGGACGUAUAUCUGGUGGAGUUUGUGAUGACUGUCAGCACAACACACGUGGACAAAACUGCGAGCAAUGUAAACCAUUCUUUUAUCAUGACACUACUAGAAAUAUUACUGAUUCAGAAGCAUGUCAGCCUUGUGACUGUGAUCCCGGUGGUUCUUUGGAUGACGGGAUCUGUGAUCCUAGAACGGACGUUUUGACUGGCGAGGAAUCCGGUCGGUGUCACUGUAAGCUGAAUAUUGAGGGCCGUAGAUGUGACAGAUGUAAAAAUGGUUUCUGGAACUUUGAUCCUGAAAACCCGGACGGUUGUCAAGCGUGUACUUGUAAUACUUUGGGUACGAUUGAUAACCAGGGAUGCAAUCAAGUAACUGGAGAGUGUACAUGUAAACGAUACGUCACUGCGCGUGAUUGUAAUCAAUGUUUACCAGAGUACUGGGGACUUUCUGAUGAUCAUGAUGGUUGCAAACCCUGUGAUUGUGAUCCUGGUGGUUCUUAUGAAUCAACUUGUGAUGUUGUCACUGGUCAAUGUCGCUGCAGACCACAUAUUGGUGGUAGAACGUGUAACCAGCCUGAACAGAGUUACUAUACAGGAUCAUUGGAUUUCUUGAUUUAUGAAGGAGAAUUGGCAGGAGCCACUGAUAACUGCCAGGUAGUAAUCAGGGAACCGUAUAGAGAUGGAAGAGACAAUACGUGGACUGGUACUGGUUUUAUGAAGGCGCUGGAAGGCUCAACAUUGAACUUCACUAUUGAUGAUAUCAGAAAAUCAAUGUGGUACGACAUUGUGAUACGUUAUGAACCAAUCCAUCCAGGUAUAUGGCAAGAUGUAGAAAUUCUUAUUGAGCGCGAUGGCCCACCGGAUCCUGAUGGCUCUUGCGCUAACUGGAGACCGGAAGACGACAGACUUUGGAUUGAAUUACGCGAUAAUUCACGUAGUGCAGUAGCAAGUCCUGCUGUUUGCUUGGAAGCUGAAAAAGUUUAUAAAAUAUUAUUGACCUUCCGUAGAUUCGAUCCUCAAGGUGAACCUAUUCCUGGUGCAGCAAUUCUUAUUGACUCGAUUGUUUUAAGACCUAGAAUCGAUGAAGUACCUUUCUUCAGUGGUUCAGGUGUCGGUGAAUUACGUAAACAAGAGUACGAACGUUAUCGUUGCAAUGAAAUGUUUAAUGAUGUUAAUUCUGGUAAUCGCGAUGAAAAUGAUAUUUGUGCAAAGUAUCACAGUAGUAUUGGAUUCUGGGUAUUCGAUGGAGCUCAUGCUUGUGAAUGUAAUCCAACGGGAUCACACAGUUUGCUGUGUCAAAAUUACGGUGGAGUUUGUCCAUGUAAAACAAAUGUAGUAGGAAGACGUUGUGAUCGAUGUGCACCAGGAACUUACGGUUUCGGACCUAACGGAUGUACGCCAUGUGACUGUGACGCAGUAGGAGCGCUAGAUAAUUUCUGUGACGUCGAUACAGGACGUUGUAAAUGUCGACCAAACACGUACGGAAAAACUUGCGGUCAAUGUGAUCCAGGGUUCUGGAAUUUCCCUCACUGUCAACGCUGUGAGUGCAACGGACACGCAGACAAUUGUGACUCACGUACUGGUGCCUGCAUUAAUUGCCGCGAUUACACAACAGGACAUACUUGCGAUCGUUGUAUCGAAACUUUCUAUGGAGAUCCACGUAUUGGUGUUGAUAUUCCUUGCCGUGCUUGUCCUUGUCCAGGAACAAUUGAUUCCGGUCACUCAUAUGCAGAAAGCUGUUCUUUAGAUCCAGUAACUCACGACGUUAUUUGCGAGUGUUUCGACGGCUACGUCGGAGCAAGAUGUGAAAGUUGCGCUGAAAAUUAUUUCGGUGAUCCAGAAGAACCAACAGGCAGUUGUACUGCUUGUGAUUGUAGCAACAAUACCGACAUAUCACGACCAGGAAAUUGUGACCCACACACCGGACGUUGUCUUCAAUGUCUCUAUGAUACUGACGGGCCAAAUUGUCAGUACUGUAAGCCCGGUUUCUUUGGAAAUGCAUUAGAAAAAGAUUGUAGGGACUGUAUGUGUGAUGUACUGGGUACUGAUCAUGCUGCUGGACCUUGUGACCAUCGUACUGGACAGUGUCCUUGCUUGCCCCAUGUCAUUGGCAAACUUUGCGACAGUUGUGAAGAAAACCACUGGCGUAUUGCAAGCGGUCAGGGCUGUGAUGCAUGUGAAUGUGAUGCUGUCGGAAGUGUUUCUGACAAAUGCAAUCCCUUCGAUGGUACUUGUGAGUGUCGGCCAGGUUUUGGUGGACGUCGUUGCAAUGAAUGCCAAGCAAACUACUGGGGAAAUCCAAACAUUCAGUGUCAGCCAUGCGACUGUGAUGACAUUGGAUCAGCAAGUCCUCAGUGUAACCGUGAAACUGGUCAUUGUGUAUGUCACAAAGGUAUAGGAGGUGAGAAAUGUGAUCAGUGUGAUCGUAGUUACAUUGGUACUGCACCCAAUUGCAGUCCCUGCGGGGAAUGUUUCGAUAACUGGGACUUGAUACUCAGUGGGCUGAGAAAUACCACCAGUUCAGUGAUAGACGAAGCAUCGAGGAUACAAAAAGUUGGAACAACUGGAGUUUACAGUCAACAAUUUGAUGCAAUGAUUGAUUCACUUGACCAAGUGCGAUCGUUGAUUGAUAAAACUACUGUAAGGUCACAGGAUCUUGAUGAGUUGGAAGAUUUGGCUAAUGAAUUGGCAAGUAAUAUUUCAUCGUCAACAAAAGCACUUGAAGAUGUUGAAAAUCAGCUGGAGAAUGUCAGUCAGCGGGUUAAUUUGGGCGACGUUGCAUUAAAAAAACUAAAAAAUAGAACAAAUAAUUUACAUCAGGGCGCGGCUUUGUUGAAAGAAGAAGCGAUGAGACUGCAAGAAGCUAAUGUUCAGGGCGCGCUGAAUGUCACGCAGCAGAUGGCUGAGCAAUCGCGACAGGCUGAAAAAAUGGCCAAUGAGACGACGAGUGUUCUUGCCGAUGCUGAGAGGUACAGAAAAAAUACUGAAAGUCUUUUAGCAAAGAAUCGUGCUACCGUUGACGACGCUCAGGAUCGCAGUCAGGAUUCAGUCGAUAAAUUGAACGAAAAAUUGACCAAUCUAGAGAAUGAUAUUCCGGGAUUGAAUCUUGGUAUGUGCGGUGAUAAUGUCACUGAGUGUAGCAACGUCUGCGGUGGUGCUGGCUGCGGAUUUUGUGGAGGUAUUUCGUGCGAUGCUGGCGCUGUCAGCAAAGCUAAUCAAGCUCUUGAUGUUGCUAAGAAACAAGCUGAUAAAAUUAAAACUCAUAGAGAUUCUGCCGAACAACUUCUACGCAAGAUGAUGGACAUUAAACAAGAUGCAGUAACAGCAAGAUCAAAUGCCCAAGAUGGAUUUAAUUAUGCAUAUGACGCAAGAAAUAAAUCAGAUGAAUUAGCUAAAAAUUUAACAGAUAUGAAUGAACAAAUAUGGUCGAUGUUGAAUGAUGAACAGCCGACACCAGUUAUGGUUAGAGAUUUAGCCGAAGACGUAUUGAGCAAAAAUAUACAUUUGAGACCAGAUGAAAUUGAAAGUUUGGCUGCUGAUAUUAAUAAAGUCAUAGGAUCAUUGAGUGAUUCUGAUAAAAUAUUGAGCGAUACUGCCGCUGAUUUAAGAAUGGCACAGGACUUAGAAGAACGAGCUAAUCGUGCUAAAGAAUUGGCGCUUGAGAAACAAACCCAAGCUGGCAAGGUUGUAUCUUUGUUAGGAGAGACGCAAAAAGCACAACAUGACGCAGCUUCAGCGAUUGAAAAAGCUGAAACAGAUAUCGCUUUAUCGGAAAAAGAUCUUAAGGCUGUAGCUGAAGUAACAGCAGAAGCGAGACAAAAAGCUGGUAAUACUACAGCAGCUGUUGAAGCACUUGAGGCCCGACUGAAACAUUUACAGACACAAUCUGUUAAAAAUGACUUUGUUUUAAAUCAAGAAGUGCGUAAAGAGUUAAGUAAAUUAGCUGAAGAUGCAAGAUUAGUUAAAGAUAAAACAGAAAAACUGGGUAUGGACUACAAGAAUGCUGGAGACUCGUUAACAUACCGCGUUACUAAAAGUAAAGGAGACAUUCAACGUGCAAAGAGAUUAUUGCAGCGAGCUUCUGAACUUACAGCUGAUACAACAACGAAAUUCAAAGAUCUUGAUGGCAUGGAAAGUGUCUAUAGAGAUAACGAUAGACUUCUUGGUGACCUGAUGGCUGAAGUCGACUCACUUAAUAGCGAAAUGGUGCGGCAAUUAGCUGAAAUAGAACAAAAAGCCCAGAGUUAUCGGCAAUGCUCGACUUAAAUUUAAUGAAAUAUAUAUUUUUAAAUUUAAUUAAUGAUUUAAGACACUCGAUGCAUGUGCCAUACACUCAGUGUCAUUUAUUAUUAUUGAUAAAAAACAAUUCAUUAAGCAUUUAACGCGUUAGCGCGUCUGUAAAUACAUUUUAUAGAAUUAAUCGAGUUUUAAAAAUCAUUUUUUAAUAAUCUUUUUUUUUAAUGUCAUUAAUAUUAAUAUUAUUAUCAUUAUUAUUAUUAUAUUUUAUUUUAUAUUAUAGAAUCAAGAAGAUUUUUCUUGAUGAUGACGAAAUUAAAAAAAAUUUACUUAAUUAUUAAUAAAUAAAAAAGAUUUAAAUAUUGAAUAAUGAAUGUACUUUUAAAAAAUAUUUAAGAUUUAAAUAAACCAGUUUUUGUAGCUGGUCAGAACCAAAAUAUUUGAUAUUUUGUUACGAUUUAUACGCUGAUAAAU